GUGGAGUUCUUUGCCAACUGGUCCAGCGAGUGCCAGUCCUUCGCCCCCAUCUUCGCCGACCUUUCCCUCAAGUACAACUGCUCGGGGCUGCACUUUGGCAAGGUGGACGUGGGCCGCUACACGGAUGUCAGCACCCGGUACAAAGUGAGCACCUCGCCGCUCACCAAGCAGCUGCCCACCCUCAUCCUCUUCCAGGGCGGCGCCGAGAUCAUGCGGCGCCCGCAGAUCGACAAGAAGGGCCGUGCCGUCUCCUGGACCUUCUCAGAGGAGAACGUCAUCAGGGAGUUCAACCUCAACGAGCUCUACCAGAAGGGCAAAAAGCAGGCGAAGCCCCGCGGCGACGACGCGCCCGAGGAGGCACCGGAGCCCGGGGCUGCCGCCGAGACCAAGAAGGACAAGUAG